AUGAGUGAGUGCAUUCCAAUUAAAGCAGAUGAUAACAAUUAUCAAAUUUCUUGCUCUGGUGGAGAACAGUAUGUUGUAGCCCUUGACAAAAGAACAUGUACUUGUAGGGCUUGGGAGUUGAGUGUGAAUCUGUAUGGGGGCAGACUUCAUAUGAUCCUCCCUCCCUCCCUUCUUCAUGGUAAGAAAAGAGGCAGAGGCAGACCCACUUCUUUGAGAAGAAGAGAACCUGAUGAACUGAGGGGUAGAAGAAAGAGGUCAACUUGUCCAUACAAGCUUAAGAAACAACAAACAACUAUAAGAAGAGAACUUGAUGAACUGAGGGGUAAAAGAAAGAGGUCAACUUGUCCAUACAAGCUUAAGAAACAACAAACAACUAUAAGGUGUUCUAAAUGUCAUGAAACAGGUCACAAUGCUCUCAGAUGCAAGGUUACUGCACCACAACAACAAGAAGCAAAUGCAAAUACAAAUGCCAAUAUCCCUAUCAGGAAGGAGAAGUUAAAGGUUACUAAGAAAAACACAGAUGGAGUUGAAAAAUCUUGUGAUGCACCACAGCAACAACAGGAGGUUAAUGAAAAUGCCAAUAUUUUACCACCCAGAGCAGAUGAUUUGAUGAAUAGUGUCAUCUUAGAUGAGGUGUUUAUGGCAGUAAUUGAUAACUAUACUGAGAUGGACUUUUAUCAACAUGAGCAGCCUCAGCCACAAGUUAACAAACAAAGCAAAAGAUGUGUGGAGAAUUCAUCUAAUGCACAACAACAGAAGAAGAAUGCAAAUUCACAGAUCUUACCACCCACCCUAGAGGAUCUGAUGGAUAGUGUGAUUUCAGAUCAGGAUUUGAUGGCAGCAGUUGAAAGCCAGGUUGACAGCAACAUAUAUCAGUAUGUGCAGCCUCACAAGCCAGAUCCUUCUCCAUAUGAGUAG